AUGUCAAAUUAUCAACAACAAAAAUUGAAUCAACAUCAUCAUAAUCACCAUCAUGAUCAACAUUUACAACAACAACAACAACAACAACAACAACAAAGACCGAAAUAUGGUCCACCUCAUAAUAUAAAACCACGUCAAUAUAAUAUAAUGCUAGAAAUGCUAGAAACUCAAUCUAAUAAAAAAUUAACUGAAGAAUAUCAAAUUGAAUUUUUAGAAACUUUAUCAAAUUUAGAAAAUCAAACUACAAUAAAUUCUUCAAUGAUUGAUUUACAACCUGAAGUUCAAUGGUUUAUGAGACCCUUUUUAAUUGAUUUUUUAAUUGAAUUACAUUCUUCGUUUAAAUUACAACCACAAACUUUAUUUUUAUGUAUGAAUAUUAUAGAUAGAUAUUGUGCAAAAAGAAUUGUUUUUAAACGUCAUUAUCAAUUAGUUGGUUGUACUGCUUUAUGGAUAGCUGGUAAAUAUGAAGAUAAAAAAUCAAGAGUUCCAACAUUAAAAGAAUUAACAAUAAUGUGUAGAAAUGCAUAUGAUGAAGAAAUGUUUGUUCAAAUGGAAAUGCAUAUUUUAAGUACUUUAGAAUGGUCAAUUGGUCAUCCAACUUUAGAAGAUUGUUUACAAUUAUCUAUAAAAUUUUCAAAUAUUAUAAAUUCAAAUUUAACUCCAUGUAAAUAUAAUCAUCAAAAUGAUAAUGGUUCAAGUACUUUAUCAGCUGUUACUGCUAUUGGAAGAUUUUUAUGUGAAUUAUCUUUAUAUGAUAAAUUCUUUUUAAAUGUACCAGUUAGUCUAAUUGCAAUUACUUCAAAUUUAUUAGCUUGUUCAAUGUUACAAAUUCCAAAUGCAUCAUUAAGUUUGAAAAAUUUAAUUGAAAAACAUAUAAUAGACCCAAAAAGAAAUCAAUUAAGAGAACAACAUUUUAAACAACAAAAACAAGCUCAACAACAAAACCACCAAAACAAAUAUCAACAACAUCAAGAACAAUUUAAAAUUCCAAAAUUUCCACCUAAGUUAUCAAACACCAACAUGUUUUAUUCACAAAAUAAUGAAAGUAAUUAUAGUCAUCAAUCAAAUAAUAUAAUGAGACAUUCAAGUAUUGAUGAUGACAUUGAUUUAGAUUUUGAUUAUGAAGAAACAGAUGUAGAUGAAGUUGAAGAAGAAGAAGAAGAAGAAGAUGAUGAUGAUGAUGAUUACGAAGAUGAAGAAGAUGAUGAAUAUAAUAAUGAAUUUAAUGAUACCCAUAAUACAACAUUUGAUGAAGAUAUUGAAAACAAAUCUCCAAAAAUUAUUGGAUCAUUUUUAAAUGGAUUUGAUGAAUCAAGUUUAAUUACAAUUAAAAAAAUUGCAAUGAUUUUAAUUAUCAACUUAAAUAAAGUAACUGAAGUAUUAACUAAAAAAUAUGAAGAUUUGGGAGUUAUACAAGUAUUAAGGAAUUUCCACUUAAAAAAUUCAAUCACAAUUCAACAAAUUAAUGAUUACAUAAUUAAAAAUUCAACAGUCAAUAACAAUAACAACAACAAUUCAAAUCAAUCAUCAACAUCAUCAAUUCAAUCAAUUUUAGAUAAUUUUGAUUCAAUAGAUUCAAGAAUCUUAAAUUCAAUAGAAUCAUUAAUAAAUUUUCCAAAAAAUUUAUCAAACCCAAAUGAUUUUUUAGAUGAAUUUAAUUUGACAUCAUCAUCAACUAGUUUAUUAUUAUCAUCUGAAUCAGAUUUUUUAUAUGGAAACCAUUUAAAAACUCCUAAAUCACCCUACCCAUUCACAUCAUCAACAGAUUCAAUUAUCCCGCCAAUUACUCCACCAUCAGCUACUUCUCAAUACCUGGUAUUUUCUAAUAAGAGAUCAAAUUCUUCAUCAUCUACAAAUAUUGAUUCAAAUUCAAAUAUAAAUUCAAAUUGUAAUACUCCAAUUAAUUACUCCGUAAAUUCAUUUAUUGGAAAACCAGAUCAACAACAACAAUCAAUACCGAGUUUAUUAAGAACAAAAUCAAAAAUUAGAAAAAAAGGAACUGCAAACACUGCAAGUAUUAAAGGUCAACAACAGCAACAAUCUCAAAGUAAUAGGGAUGGAUUUUCACCUAUCAAACCUGUUAUUACUACUAAUUCAUCAUUAAGCAAUAGUUCUCCUUUAAUGCAUCAACAUUUUUAA